CAUGUAAAAUGAAACGUGGUAGGAAGCUGUUAUAGGUUUUCUCGGUUUGAUUUGCAAAUUAAAGCUUCAAAAAGACUGUGGCGGUGUCAUCGUAUCGUACGAUUUUGUUGAGUGGAUCAUUAAAUUAAUAAAAAAAAGAAAUAUUUUUUUUGUAAUAGUGAAACUAGUGAAAUUUUUUGUUUGAUUAGAUACAAUGUCAGCCAAAGCUAUUCGUGAAGCUACGGGAAAGGAUUUGCUGAACAGAUUAUUAGAUACAAGUUCUGGUGCUGCACGAUGUAAAUUUGCAGCGGUUAAUGAAACCACGAACUGGGAUGAAUUGGUUGCCAACAAUCCGUGGCUUCAAACUGAAUCUCUGGUAGUGAAACCCGAUCAGUUGAUAAAACGACGUGGUAAAUUGGGUCUCAUUGCUGUUAAUAAGAAUCUGAAUCAAGUGAAACAGUGGGUAAAUGAACGUAUGGGCAAAGAUCAGAAAAUUGGAAAUGCCGUUGGUAAACUGAGACAAUUUAUAAUCGAGCCAUUCAUUGCCCACAAGGAUGAUGAAGAAGCCUAUGUUUGCGUCUAUUCACACAGAAGUGCGGAUACGAUUCUAUUUUACCAUCAAGGUGGUGUUGAUAUUGGAGAUGUGGACGCUAAAGCUGUAAAAUUGGAUGUUCCAGUUGAUCAUCAUGUUACCGUUGCUGAAAUAGAAAAAACUUUGCUCGGGGCCGUUGGUCAGAAUAAGAAAAAACGCAUUGCCGAAUUCAUUUCCAAGUUGUACCAGCUCUAUGUCGAUUACUACUUCACAUACCUUGAAAUCAAUCCCUUGGUCGUCACCAACGAUUCCAUUUACAUUUUGGAUUUGGCUGCAAAAUUGGAUUCCACGGCUGAUUUCAUUUGUGGCGCGAAAUGGGGUAACAUUGACUAUCCGCCACCGUUCGGACGUGAUGCAUUCCCGGAAGAGGCGUACAUUGCCGAUCUUGAUGCAAAGAGUGGAGCAUCACUGAAACUGACCAUAUUGAAUCGUAAUGGACGUAUUUGGACUAUGGUGGCUGGUGGUGGAGCUAGUGUCAUUUACUCGGAUACAAUUUGUGAUUUGGGCGGCUCGGAAGAAUUGGCUAAUUAUGGUGAAUACAGCGGAGCGCCAUCGGAACAACAAACGUACGAAUAUGCGAAAACCAUUUUGAAUUUGAUGACAUCGUCACCGAAGCAUCCACUUGGAAAGGUUCUGAUCACUGGUGGAGGUAUCGCAAAUUUUACAAAUGUCGCUGCUACAUUCAGAGGAAUCAUAACCGCCCUAAGAGAGUUCCAACCGAAAUUGGUCGAACACAACAUAUCAAUUUUCGUGCGACGGGCCGGUCCCAAUUACCAAGAAGGCCUACGUAAAAUGCGUGAAAUUGGCAGCACUCUUGGCAUCCCAUUGUUUGUGUUCGGUCCAGAGACACAUAUGACCGCUAUCUGCGGCAUGGCAUUGGGGAAACGUCAAAUUCCGCAAAGCUGUAACGUUGAUUUUGCUACCGCUAAUUUCUUGCUGCCUGGUGGUCAACAGCAACUGGAAGCAACGAAGGUCACAAGUGAUACGAACGGUUCAUCUGCGAUUUCGGGUUCGGGCUUAUCACAAGCCGAAAUUAAACUGCCUCCUAUUUCAGCAGGAUUAAUCAGACAACAUCAACAGACUGUUAAAACCGGUGAAUAUCAGCAAAUGUUUGGUAAUCGUACAAAAGCUAUUGUAUGGGGUAUGCAAACCCGAGCUGUACAGUCCAUGCUUGAUUUUGACUUUAUAUGCAGACGGAAUGAACCAUCGGUGGUAGCCAUGGUGUAUCCGUUCACCGGCAACCACAAACAGAAAUACUAUUGGGGCCACAAAGAGGUUCUCAUUCCAGUUUACAAGAACAUGCACGAUGCUAUCACCAAACACAAAGACGUUGAUGUUCUCGUCAAUUUCGCUUCACUCCGAUCGGCAUACGAAAGCACCGUAGAGGUUCUUGACUAUCCACAAAUUCGCACAAUUGCUAUCAUUGCUGAAGGCAUACCCGAAAAUAUGACCAGGAAACUGAACAAAAAGGCACACGCCAAGGGUGUGUCGAUCAUUGGUCCGGCUACAGUUGGCGGUGUAAAGCCCGGUUGCUUCAAAAUUGGUAACACUGGUGGCAUGUUGGACAACAUUUUACAUUCCAAGCUAUAUCGACCGGGAAGUGUUGCAUACGUUUCGCGAUCUGGUGGCAUGUCCAAUGAAUUGAAUAACAUCAUUUCGAAAUCAACGGAUGGUGUGUUCGAGGGUGUUGCUAUUGGUGGAGAUCGUUAUCCUGGCACAACGUUUAUGGAUCACAUCAUGCGUUACCAACAGGAUCCAGGCGCUAAGUUGAUUGUGUUGUUGGGUGAAGUCGGUGGUGUUGAGGAAUAUGAAGUUUGCGAAGCUUUGAAAGACGGCCGUAUCACAAAACCUUUGGUUGCAUGGUGCAUUGGUACUUGUGCUGGUAUGUUCACGUCAGAGGUUCAAUUCGGUCAUGCUGGCUCUUGUGCAAAUUCUGACCGUGAAACUGCUACGGCUAAAAAUGCUGCUUUGAAAGAGGCUGGCGCCUACACUCCGGGUUCGUUCGAUACGUUGGGUGAACUGAUCGGCAACGUUUACAAUGAAUUGGUUAAAACUGGCCAAAUUGUACCCGUCGAAGAGGUUCCACCGCCAACUGUUCCAAUGGACUACGCCUGGGCUCGUGAACUGGGACUUAUCCGUAAACCAGCUUCGUUCAUGACUUCUAUCUGUGAUGAACGAGGACAAGAACUUAUGUACGCUGGUAUGCCAAUCAGUGAUGUGUUGAACAAAAACGUCGGCAUUGGCGGCGUCAUUUCGUUGUUGUGGUUCCAGCGUUGCUUGCCUCCAUACGUUAGCAAAUUCUUCGAAAUGUGUCUCAUGGUCACCGCUGACCAUGGACCGGCUGUAUCUGGAGCACACAACACAAUUGUGUGUGCAAGAGCCGGCAAAGAUCUCGUAUCAUCCGUAGUCAGUGGAUUGUUAACAAUUGGCGAUCGGUUCGGCGGUGCAUUGGAUGGAUCUGCUAAGCAAUUUUCCGAAGCCUAUGAUUCCAAUCAACACCCCAUGGAAUUCGUCAAUGCGAUGAGAAAGAAGGGACAAUUGAUUAUGGGCAUUGGUCACCGAGUCAAGUCGAUCAACAAUCCGGAUGUUCGUGUGAAAAUUAUCAAGGAAUUUGUGAUGGAAAAUUUCCCAGCCAAACCGUUGCUGGAAUAUGCUUUAGAGGUGGAGAAGAUUACAACGAGCAAGAAGCCAAACUUAAUUUUGAACGUUGACGGUGUUAUUGCAACGUCCUUCGUUGACAUGCUAAGGAAUUGUGGAUCGUUUACUAGUGAAGAAGCCCAAGAGUACAUUAACAUUGGUGCUAUCAACUCACUAUUUGUGUUGGGUCGCAGCAUCGGAUUCAUUGGUCAUUACAUGGACCAGAAACGUCUCAGACAAGGCCUAUACCGGCAUCCAUGGGACGAUAUUUCAUACGUACUUCCCGAACAAUUCAAUUAAAUAUUCCUUUUCCGUUUCCAUCAUUUUACUUCCACAAAAUUGAUUUAUUAUUUAAUUGUUGUGCAUUUUCACUGUUGAUCAUUUCCAGUUUACUUUGUUAAGGCAACAAAAAAAAAAAAGAGAGAAAAAAUUGUAGGCCAAUGGCAGGCCCUAAAAUGAGCCUCAAGUAAUUUAUUUAUUUUUUUAUAUUAAAAAAAAAUGGAAGACAA